UUGAAAUAACAGUUGAAGGUUGCAAAGGCUUCCAUUGAGCAAAUCAAUCUUGGUUUCUUGCAGAGUCUCUAUUUCCUUUCUUUUCGAUCAUAACAUCUUUACCCUGUCUGCAAAACCAAAAAAGAGAAAAAAAAAAAAAACAUGGCUGAGGCAUUGGUCGGAGGGGCAGUUCUCUCUGCUUCUCUUCAGGUGCUAUUAGAUCGUUUGGCUUCCCGCGAGUUCAUAAACUUCUUCCGGGGCCGAAAGCAUGACGGAAGGCUCCUCAAGAAGAUGAAGUUGAAAUUGAUUGGACUUAACAAGGUGCUCAACGAUGCAGAGAACAAGCAGAUUACGGAUCAAGCUGUGAAAGACUGGUUGGACGAGCUUAAAGAUGCUGUCUACCACGCUGACGACUUAGUGGACGAGAUUGCUACCGAGGCUUUGCGGUGCAAAGUGGAAGCCGAAUACCAAAUCAGCCCAAACCUGCAGGUACGAGCUCCAAUCUCGACUUCCACCGACUCAUUUGACUCUGAGAUAGAGUCCAAAAUGGAGGAGAUGAUUGAUCUAUUAGAAGAUUUUAAGAAAGAGAAAGAUGAACUUGGUUUAAGAGAAGUCGUUGAACAGAACUGGUCUCACAGGUUCCCGACAACUUCUUUGCUGGAUGAAUCAUGUGUUUACGGAAGGGAGAAUGACAAGGAGGAGAUAAUGAAAUUGUUGCUCUCAGAUGGGGAAAGAAGUACUGCUUUUGAUGUAGUUCCGAUAGUGGGGAUGGGUGGGGUGGGUAAGACCACCCUUGCUAAACUUUUAUACAAUGAUGGUAGAGUGGAUGAGCACUUUUGUAUGAAAUCAUGGGUUUGUGUGUCCGAUGUAUUUGAUGUUUUAAGGGUCACAAGAACAGUUGUCGAGGCAGUCACUGGGCGGGCUUCUGAUGCAAAUGACCUAAACUCUCUUCAGGUCAAGUUGAAGGAUUCAUUGAGUGGGAAAAAGUUUCUUAUUGUCUUGGAUGAUGUUUGGAAUGAGAACUAUGACCAAUGGGACGUCUUGUUGGAUCCUUUCCGAUUUGGAGCAUACGGGAGUAAGAUUAUCGUUACGACGCGCAAUGAGAGUGUUGCAUCUGCCAUGCAAACAGUUCCUAUUCAUGGUUUGCAGGUAUUACCAGAGGAAGAUUGUUGGAAGUUGUUUUCCAAACAUGCAUUUGGGAAGGGAGAUUGCAAUGCACAUCCAAACCUUGAAAAGAUUGGUAUGGAGAUAGUGAAAAAAUGUAAAGGUUUGCCUUUAGCUGCAAAAACACUGGGUGGUCUUUUGCGCUCCCAAAGAGAUGCUAAGGAUUGGAAUAAUAUACUGGAAAGUGCCAUAUGGGAAUUAUCAGACGAGAAGAGCAACAUCCUUCCAGCCUUAAGAUUGAGCUAUCAUUAUCUCCCCUCCCAUUUAAAAAGAUGUUUUGCUCAUUGUUCCAUAUUUAAUAAGGACUAUGAAUUCGACAUGAAGGAAUUAGUCUCAACUUGGAUAGCAGAAGGGUUUUUGGAGAAGCCCAAAAGUAAUAAGACAAUGGAAGAAAGAGGCUAUGAGUGCUUCGACGAAUUGCUUUCCAGGUCAUUUUUUCAGAGAUCAAAUGCUAAAACUUCUCGUUUUGUCAUGCAUGAUCUUCUUCAUGAUUUAGCUGAAUCUGUGGUUGGAGAUUUCUAUUAUAGGUUAGACGAUGGCAAGCCACACGGUAUUUCUGAAAAGGUACGUUAUUUCUCGUAUGUUCGAGGUCAAUUUGAUGGCUUUGAAAAGUUCAAGGUAAUUAAGGACGCUAAGUAUUUAAGGAUGUUCCUUCAAAUAGAUCGUAGAACCUAUGGCCAAGGGCGGUUGAGCAAAAGAGUUUUGGAUGAGAUUUUGUCAAGUCUAACACACUUACGGUUGCUUUCUUUGCCGAGAUAUCAGAUUGGAGAGUUGCCACAUUCAAUUGGCAAUUUGAUGCAUCUACGCUUUUUGGACCUCUCCAACACCCUAAUCAAUCAUUUACCUGAAUCAGUUUGUACCCUGUGUAAUUUAGAAACACUAUUGUUAUAUAAUUGUCAUCUCCUUACAACCUUGCCAGCAGAGAUUGUAAAACUAAUUAAAUUGCGUGUUCUAGAUUUGAGUGGAACUAACUUGAAAGAGAUGCCAAUGCAAAUGAGUAGGUUGAAAGAUCUCCAACAAUUAACUGCUUUUGUAGUGGGAAAGUGCAGCGGGUCAGGCAUUAAUGAGUUGAAAGAGCUCCAUCGUCUUCGUGGAACAAUCUCCAUUUCAGGUUUGGAAAAUGUAACAAGUGGCAGCAAUGCAUUGGAAGCAAAGAUGAGGGAGAAAAAGCACAUUGAAAAGUUAGCAUUGGAAUGGGGCAGCACUACCGGUGAUUCACAAAACGAAACAGAUGUACUUGAAAAGCUAGAUCCUCACACAAAUUUGAAGCACCUCGAGAUAAAAAACUAUGGAGGCACAAGAUUUCCUCCUUGGUUGGGAGAUCAAUUAUUCUGCUAUAUGGUGUCUUUACGUAUGGAGAACUGCAACAAUUGCUUUUCCUUGCCACCUCUUGGUCAAUUGUGCGCUUUGAAAGAGCUUACCAUUUCAAGAAUGUCGGGAAUAAGGAACGUGGGUCAGGAAUUUUAUGGAGAGAGUGGUUCUUUAAGAAAAUCAUUUGAAUCUCUGGAGACUCUAUCUUUUGAAGAAAUGUCAGAGUGGGUGGAUUGGUGUAUAUUAGAUGCUGGAGAGUUUUCUCGGCUUCAAAAGCUUGAGAUAAUCAAGUGUCCCAAGUUGAUCGGACACUUACCGAAGAAGGUGCCUUCUCUGGUGAGGCUUGAGAUAAAGGCAUGCCCAGAGCUUGUGGCUUCACUUCCGAGGACUACUUCUAUACGUAAGCUAGUAUUGAAGGAAUGCCAAGGAAUACAGUUGGAGUGGCAAGGUGUGUCUUUAGUCGAAACACUGCAGAUUUCAGGUUUUGCAAAUGAAUUUGCAAGUGAGCUGUUAACACUAACUAAUCUGAAGGAGCUGAAGGUGGAGAGAUGUCCAAGACUUUCGUCAUUUUCGGAACUAGUGCUCCAACUACCUAAGGAGAUGAGCAACUGCUACGCGUCCCUCGAAAGGUUGACCUUGGAUGGCUGUGAGAGUCUCAUAUCCCUCCCACUAGGUUUUUUUCCAAAGCUUCGGUAUCUAAGAAUUGAACAAUGUAUAAUUUUUGAGACCUUGUUGAUUCCAGACGGGAUUGAGCUCCAAAAUCUGCAGUUACUUGAGUCCCUUUCCAUCAUAUUCUGCAAUAAUAUGGUCUCUUUUCCUCGUGGAGGAUUACCUGCUCCAAAGCUGUCUUCUUUAUGGUUCCAGAGUUGCAAGAAACUGGAGGCUCUGCCAGAACAAAUGCACACCCUCCUUCCAUCUCUUCAGCAGUUAUCGUUAUCCGAUUGUCCAGAAAUUGAUUCUUUUCCUGCAGGAGGUUUGCCAUCCAAAUUAGGUGCUCUUCAUAUCUGGAAUUGCAAGAAACUUGUUGGUGGCCGGAGAGAUUGGGGUUUGCAAACACUUCCCUUUCUUACAAGCUUUUUACUGGAAGGUGAAUCUGAAGGUGUGGUGGAGUCAUUUCCAGAGGAGGGGUUGCUGCCCUUGACUCUGGAGUCGCUCAGGAUCCAAAAUUUGCUGAAUCUCAAAUCACUGAACGACAGGGUCUUUCAACUUCUUGGCUCUCUCAGAAACAUGCACAUUUCGAACUGCCCUCAGCUCAAAUCCUUGCCAGAAGAGGGGUUGCCCUCCACUCUUGUAUCACUCCACAUCCAACGUAUGCCAAAUCUCAAAUCACUGAACAAAAGUGGCCUUCAUCUUCUUGGCUCUCUCAAAUACAUGCAGAUUCGGCACUGCCAUCAGCUCCAAUCCUUGCCAGAAGAGGGGCUUCCAGCUUCCCUCUUUGAACUGCAAAUUCAGGGCUGUCCAUUGCUGAAACCUCGUUGCCGCAGGGAGGAAGGAGCAGACUGGCAUAAGAUCGCUCACGUCCCUGGUAUAAGUAUCGAUGGUGAAACCAUCUUGGACUGAGUCUAUCUCGGUCCAAAAGAACGUUAGGCGUUUUCUGGCUUUGAUGAUAUGUGACCAGGGAAAACCAAAGCUUCCCACCUCAGGCGAUGACCGCAGCUCUCCAAUGUUUUUAUUUCCAGAGUUCGAAAGUCAGCUGACUGAUAACAAACAGACAAAAGCAUGUACAGGAAUGCAGUUGGCAUUCUACUCAGCAUAAGCUCUUGAAGCAUCACAAAAUCUCAAUCACGUACGUGGCUGGUAUUGAUAAAAGCUUACGUGUUACGACUUUGCUCAGGCUGCAUUGCAUGGCUUCCAAGGCGGGCGGAUCUUGGGUACUGGGCCAAGAUCGUAAGGUGCGAUGGAAGAUUGUUUAGGCCGUGGUCGGAUUAUGACUGCAUGGAGGGAAGCGUUCGUAUCGAUUUGGCAUUACAUUAUUGUGAUCAAAACAGUUUUUUCCAGUGUGUGACAUGAGGCGAAUAAAGUUUGCUAUAUCAAUCUGAGGUGCAACUAUCGAUAUUAUUCACAAAUUCAGUGACAUUUUCAAUUGGGAGUUCUGUUUUGGUCAAUCCAAUU